AUGAGAACAAGGAGUUCUAUAUGGAGAGUUGGGUCCAAGAAGAGAAAGCUAAGGCUUUCCUUGAUUAGGAACUCCAAGGCCGCCAAAUCUUCCAUAGAAAGGAAACUUAUGCAGCUCCAGAACCUCAUCCCGGGAUGCAUCAUUAACAGCAGCAACCCAGAAACCAUGUUCCAAGAGAUUGCUAAUUACAUCUUUCUCUUAGAAGCUAAGGUGAAUAUCCUCAGACUUCUGGCCACUUCAUAUGGAGUCUAA